AACAGCCUACAAAGGGGAGGUGCUAGAAGUCGGACCGGAAGUGGAAGCGGUCCUCCAAGGCUUUUUUGCCGCUGGUGUCAGGAGUAUUUUCAUAUCCCAAUACAGAGAAAUCUUUGAGAUUUCUGGGUGUCUCUGGGGAGCCCCUGGGCCAGAUCUUCCUCCAGACUCCAGCCUACCUCUUCAGAGCAGCUCUGCUUGAGUUCACAGAUGACUGCCAAGCUUCAGACACCCUAGAGAAAAAGGGUUGAGACCCAGUGUGGCCAUGCCAGCUAAUUGGACCUCAUCUCAGAAAUUUUCAGCCCUGGCUCCAGAGGAUCAGGGCAGCUCCUGUGAGGGAUCAGUGUCCUUCAGGGAUGUGGCUAUCAAUUUCAGCAGAGAGGAAUGGCAGCACCUGGACCCUUCUCAGAGAAAUCUGUACCGGGAUGUGAUGCUGGAGACCUACAGCCACCUGCUCUCAGUAGGGUAUCAAGUUCCUGAAGCAGAGGUGGUCAUGUUGGAGCAAGGAAAGGAACCAUGGGCACUGCAGGGUGAGAGGCCACGUCAAAGCUGCCCAGGAGAGAAAUUAUGGGACCAUAAUCAGUGUAGAAAAAUCCUCAGUUAUAAACAAGUAUCCUCUCAACCACAAAAAGUUUAUCCCGGGGAGAAACCUUAUGAAUGCGCUGAAUUUGAAAAGAUAUUCACCCAGAAGUCACAGCUCAAAGUACACCUGAAAGUUCUUGCAGGAGAAAAGCUCUAUGUAUGCAUUGAAUGUGGGAAGGCUUUUGUACAGAAGCCAGAAUUUGUUAUACACCAGAAAACCCAUAUGAGAGAGAAACCCUUUAAAUGCAAUGAAUGUGGAAAAUCCUUUUUUCAAGUAUCGUCUCUCUUCAGACAUCAGAGAAUUCAUACUGGAGAGAAACUCUAUGAAUGCAGCCAAUGUGGGAAAGGCUUCUCUUAUAACUCAGAUCUCAGUAUACACGAGAAAAUUCAUACUGGAGAAAGACACCAUGAAUGCACUGACUGUGGCAAAGCAUUCACACAAAAGUCCACACUCAAGAUGCAUCAGAAAAUCCACACAGGCGAGAGAUCCUACAUCUGUAUUGAAUGUGGACAGGCCUUCAUCCAGAAGACUCAUUUGAUUGCACACCGAAGAAUUCAUACUGGAGAAAAACCAUAUGAGUGCAGUAACUGUGGCAAAUCCUUCAUUUCCAAGUCACAACUUCAGGUACAUCAACGCGUUCACACAAGAGUGAAGCCCUAUAUAUGUACAGAAUAUGGGAAGGUCUUCAGCAAUAAUUCCAACCUCAUUACACAUAAGAAAGUUCAAAUUAGAGAGAAAUCUUCUAUAUGUACUGAGUGUGGGAAGGCCUUUACCUACAGGUCAGAGUUGAUUAUUCAUCAGAGAAUUCACACUGGAGAGAAACCAUAUGAAUGCAGUGACUGUGGAAAAGCCUUCACUCAGAAGUCAGCACUCACAGUGCAUCAGAGAAUUCAUACAGGAGAAAAAUCAUAUGUAUGCAUGAAAUGCGGACUGGCCUUCAUUCAGAAGGCACAUUUGAUUGCACAUCAAAUAAUUCAUACUGGAGAGAAACCUUAUAAAUGUGGUCACUGUGGGAAAUUGUUUACUUCCAAGUCUCAACUCCAUGUUCAUAAACGAAUUCACACAGGAGAAAAACCCUAUAUGUGCAAUAAAUGUGGGAAGGCAUUCACCAACCGGUCAAAUCUCAUUACACAUCAGAAAACUCAUACAGGAGAGAAAUCUUAUAUAUGUUCCAAAUGUGGAAAGGCCUUCACCCAGAGGUCAGACUUGAUUACACAUCAGAGAAUCCAUACUGGGGAGAAGCCUUAUGAAUGCAAUACUUGUGGAAAAGCCUUCACUCAGAAGUCACACCUCAAUAUACACCAGAAAAUUCAUACUGGAGAGAGACAGUAUGAAUGCCACGAAUGUGGGAAAGCCUUCAACCAGAAGUCGAUACUCAUUGUUCAUCAGAAAAUUCAUACAGGAGAGAAACCCUAUGUAUGCACUGAAUGUGGAAGAGCUUUCAUCCGCAAGUCAAACUUUAUUACUCAUCAAAGAAUUCAUACCGGAGAGAAACCUUAUGAAUGCAGUGAUUGUGGGAAAUCCUUUACCUCCAAGUCUCAGCUCCUGGUGCAUCAGCCAAUUCACACAGGAGAGAAACCCUAUGUGUGUGCCGAGUGUGGGAAGGCCUUUAGUGGCAGGUCAAAUCUCAGUAAGCACCAGAAAACUCAUACCGGAGAGAAGCCCUACAUUUGUUCUGAAUGUGGGAAGACCUUUCGACAGAAGUCAGAGUUGAUUACACAUCAUAGAAUUCAUACUGGAGAGAAACCGUACGAGUGCAGUGACUGUGGGAAGUCUUUCACUAAAAAAUCACAGCUCCAAGUGCAUCAACGAAUUCACACUGGAGAGAAGCCUUACGUGUGUGCUGAGUGUGGGAAGGCCUUUACUGACAGGUCAAAUUUAAAUAAACAUCAGACAACACACACUGGAGACAAACCCUACAAGUGUGGCAUCUGUGGGAAAGGCUUCGUUCAGAAAUCAGUGUUCAGCGUCCAUCAGAGCAGCCACACUUGAGAGAAACAGUGUGAGAAAACCCCACUGAGGGUUGGGUCUGACUGUACACACUGUUGCGUGCAUGCAGCAGAGAAAUAUGUAUAUUAUUGUAAAUAGAAACAGCCACAUCAGAAUGUCACACAUGGCUGUUCUGGAGAGGGCCCCUAAGAAGGCACAGGGGACGAGACGAGGGACCCUUCCUACAUUGUCACUAUCCCCAGCAAACCUUGGGGCAUUAUUCAUACUGACAAGGAACUGAGUCAAUUUGGUGAAUAGGAAAAGCCUUCUCAUGAAAACGACAAUAGAACACUGUUACCAAAUUCUUCAUAAGAAAGAUCAUAUUAUGUUAAUGAUAAUCCUGUUUACUGUGGAUUAGGUAUAGUGCCAACAAAUUGAAUGAUAAAGCAACAUAAUACAUAGUUAUUUUGAUAGUGAUGGAUCCUAAGUUAUGUAAGUUGUUCGUUGCGGAACACAUUGUGUAACAGACUCGUGGGUGUUUUUAUUUCUCAUUCAAAUCUACCACAGUUGGUCAUUUCCAACCCUCAUUCAAUAUUUCUAUCAAGAAAGAGAUGCUACAAUAAAAAAAGAAAAAACCUUUGUGUAUACAGAUGUAAACCUCAGAAUGUAUGUUGAGUCCCCAUUGUCAUCUAGCACCAAGACUUGCAACCCCCUCAGUAUCUACCAGGACUGUCUCUCAACCUCACAGGCCCUCAGCACAUUGUGUUUUGACCCCCAGCACAGUGUCUUGUGAACUCCCAUCUCCUUCAAGGAAGCUUCUGAGGUAAGAAUUUUCAGGUCAUCUGAGACAACUUAAAUCUCCCUUCUGCUGUCACAGUUCUUCCACCUCAGUUGCUUUUUUUUUUUUUUUAUUACUCAUCACUGACUUAAAGCUUAGCAUUUGGCUUCCUUAUUGAUGUGACUUUCAUGUAACAGAUUAAUAACUUAAAUGAAAACCAACACAACCAUAUGGUUAGGGCUGGAAAGGACCACAAUGCCUGGCUAUUUUUCCCAUUUUACCUUACUCUUAGAUGUGUGUCACACUUCAUCAGUUCCAGGAAAUAGUUUCUGGAGAUCUCCUCAUUACCUCUUUUACAAUCACCUCACUCCAGCAUGAUGUCUGUUACCUCCUCCCACUUGUGAUCAUGUCUAGUAAGGUCCACUCUCUAUUCUGCGUGAUGACCACUUAUUACAAUCCUCAGAAUCGGGGACAGUGGUGUGCCCCCCGCAAUACAAUGGUUACUAUCUCCUGAUACUUUUAUUACACUUCCAGCAGGAUGUCUUGUGAUCCCCCUUACUGAUUUUUCCCUCACAAUGAUGAACAAUUAUCUCCCAUUACUCACCUAGCAGUAUCUAACUGUGCCUAACACAGCAUGUGGGAAUGCCUUCAAUACGGUGGAUGCUGUUAACUUCCUUCCUUCCACUCAAGUAAGGGCAGUGGCUUACAAUGAACCAUAAUGUCCACCUUUCCCAACUGUAUUUUGGAGCCUCUUCUGUCCCCUUCUUUAUAGGAUCCCAGUU